CGCGAGAGUUGGUUUUUUUUUCUAAGCUCUCCGCGCUCCUCCUUCCUCCCUCUUUCCGCCAUAUUGCUGAACCGGCACAGGCAUCAUGGUGCGCAUGAAUGUCCUCGCUGAUGCGCUGAAAAGCAUCAACAAUGCAGAGAAGCGUGGCAAGCGCCAGGUGCUCAUCAGGCCCUGCUCCAAAGUUAUUGUGCGUUUUCUUACUGUCAUGAUGAAGCAUGGUUACAUUGGUGAAUUUGAGAUCAUCGACGAUCACAGAGCUGGAAAAAUCGUUGUGAACCUCACAGGCAGGCUGAACAAGUGUGGCGUGAUCAGCCCCAGGUUUGAUGUGCAGUUGAAGGAUCUGGAGAAGUGGCAGAACAACCUUCUCCCAUCCAGACAGUUCGGGUUCAUUGUGUUGACGACUUCAGCUGGUAUCAUGGACCACGAAGAGGCCAGACGAAAACACACAGGAGGAAAAAUCCUAGGGUUCUUUUUCUAAAUGUAAAGGCACCAACAAAUAAAAGCCAUUUCCAGUGGAA